GAGGGCCGGUGGGGGCCUGGGGGGGUGAGCCAUUCCCUUUUAGACUGGGCGCCGGGGCUGCUGCCAGGGAGACAGCUGUGCACCAGCGUUUCGGUCCCGGCGUCGCGCUUGAAGGGGAGGAAGAACGGUCCGGAAAGCGGCAUGGCGGAGCAAUACAACGCCUUCGAGGAGAAGCCGGUGAAGGACAGCCACACCAAAGAGAUCGACUUGAUCAAUCGGGACCCCAAGCAGAUCAACGAAGACGUCGUCAAGGUGGAUUUUGAGGAUGUGAUUGCAGAGCCGGAGGGGACCCACAGCCUGGACGGCGUUUGGAAGGCCAGCUACACCACCUUCACCGUGUCGAAAUACUGGUGCUACCGCCUGCUGUCUGCCGUUUUCGGCGUUCCCGUCUCACUGCUGUGGGGCUUCCUGUUCGCCUGCCUGUCCUUCUGCCACAUCUGGGCCAUCGUGCCCUGCAUCAAGAGCUGCCUCCUCGAGACGCAGUGCUUAAGCCGCAUCUACUCGCUGUGCAUCCGCACCUUCUGCGACCCGCUCUUCGAGGCCAUAGGGAGGGUCUUCAGCCGUGUCAAGGUGCUCCUCCGCAAGGAGGUCUAGAGGAGGACCGUGGAGACCGUGGAGACAGGAGGGCCCUACGGGAGUCGGGCAGCAUUGCGCCCUUCGGGGUUCGGCGGGGUCGCUAAGCCCGUUACCGUUCCCUAAGUGCGCUCCAGGCCCAAGAGCAGCCCGACUCUGGGUCCUUUCGUCGUCACCGAGACCGAUCUCGGACUCUUCGGGAGAGAAGGUGGAAUCAUCGGGCCUCGGUCCCACCUCAAGGUCUCUGUUAUGAGCUUCGUGUGCAAAAAGUUUAUAUGCAUGGAUGUGAUGAAUUCUAUACAUUUGGUCUUGUGCACAAAUUCAAACCUGUGUUGAGAAACUUCAGAGCAGCUCUAUGGAGGAGCUCAAAGCUCAGAUGUUGUCCAGUGCGGAUGUCUGGAAAUGUCUCACCUGCUCCUGUACUUUCUGAUGUAAUGUUCUGGUAUGAGAUCAAAGCACAUUAUAUGAACAAGGCACCAGGACUUCUGUGGAUCUGGGACCCGCACACUUACACACUUGGUGCUUUCAGAGAGCAGGGCCACCUGCUGCUGGCCUCUUCUCCCUAAUGCACCCGUAUUGACAGCGACUGUACCAUGUUUACAACACAGUCGCAUGGCAUAUACACCGAGGCAGCAGUCAAAGAAGGGUCCGAUUGUUUGUGACCACCUCAGAUGUGGCCAGUCAGUACUCUACACACGCAGCACAUCAAACCACUGUUUUACCUUCAAAUAGGACAUUAAGAAAAUAAAUAAAUAAAAAGAAGAUGGAACAGAACUCUGAGAGCAGCUCUUACAUGUUUUUUUGGUUGAGCUGAGAAUUUUCUCCAAAGUCACUUGCAAUAUGAAGCUACAUGCGAUGGUACCAUUUACACAGCUGGGUAAUUCAGGGUAAGUACCUUGAUCGCUGGUUCUACAGAAGGAAGUGGGUUUCAAACCUACAUCCUUUGAGUGGAACACAACAGCUCUAACCUCUAUGCCACAUACUUUCCUGUACAAUUCAUUAAUACACAUAUAUUUACAGGGUAUCCAGUUAAUCAUAUUUAAAGGAUUGAUGCAUAAUUUAAAUCACAGAAAAGGUUGAUUUAUUUACUAUAGUGUGGAUUUAAGGUCACAGCGCACAUUUGCACUCCAUUUAAAGAAUGGGGUCAGUGUGUGUGUGUGUGUGUGUGUGUGUGUGUGUGUGUGUGUGUGUGUGUGUGUGUGUGUACAUGAAAUAUUCUAUUUCACAGACAGAAACUAUGUAAUGUCAGCAAUAAAUAUUUAUUGUACUUUUAUCCACUUGUCUUCCAGGACCACAGACAUGUUUAUUUUAUGCUGGUAUUUCGAGUAAAUAUGAGAUUUGAACGAGAAGUGCUGCGCUUGUAAUGUGGAGCUGUGCUCCGUACAUUUCUGGCAUCUGGCGCACAUUUAGUACUGAACGAGUGAAGAUGAACUGAGCUCUCAGUGUGUAUUACGUGAGAUAGGUAAUACAGGUAAGUAAGAUACAGGACAGUUUAUUAAUGCAAUUCACAAAAUAAAAACAAUCUUUCAGAAGUAUUUUUGCAAUUAAAUCCAUUUUUAUUUCUUUAUUUUUUUAUCAGUACCAAAAUCCAUCUUUGGAGCUUAAGAAAUAUGCUGAAAUGCCAGAGUUUGCUAUGGGGUGAUAAAUAAAUAAAAAUACACUCUUCCUUUUUCCUGCUUGCAACAGACUGUAAAAUUGAAAA